AUGAUGGCCUUGAGCACACGGCCCUCUUCGUCCGCGGUCAAGGCUGAGGUGACUCGGAAGUGCACUGGAGCCGUAAGUGCUUGCCGAAGGGAAAGCAGCUGGCAGCUUGCACUGAGCUUGCUGUCACAGGUGGAGGUCUCGCAGGCACAACCGGACGUCAUCAUAUACACCGCAGUAAUCAGCACAUGCGAGAGGGUCAGCAGGUGGCAACAGGCCUUGCGCUUGCUAGACAGGCUGGAGGAACAGGAGCUGGAACCAGAUCUGAUCGUUUAUAAUGCUGUCAUUUCUGCAUGUGAAAAGGGCGGACAGUGGCAACCUGCUGCGCUGUGCCUUUCAGACAUGCAAGAUGCUUCGGUGCGGAGUGAUGUAAUCACAUAUAACGCAACCAUCAGCUCCCUGGAGAAGGGCAACCAGUGGCAGAAAGCAUUUUCAGUGCUCUCAGACAUUGAACAGAAGAUUCGGCCCGCGGUGAUCACUUACAAUGCUUCUAUCACGGCUUCUGGACGAGGUGGACAGUGGCAAUUAGCAUUGGAAUUAUUGGAUGUCCUCGAAAAGAGGAGCCUGGAAAGGACAGCCGUGUCCUCUAGUUCGGCUGUUUGCUCAUGUGCGAGGGCCGCACAGUGGGAACUGGCCUUAUCUCUGAUGAGCAAGUUCCAAGCACAGGAUCUGCUUGCAAACGCGAUUGUCCUUGGUGCAGCUAUCAGUGCCUGUGAGAACCGUGGGAGGUGGCAGCAUGCCUUAUCUUUGUUAUGCGACAUGCAUCACAAAAGGAUCCCACAGGAUGUGAUUGUCUAUGGGGCCGUCAUCAGUGCAUGUGAGAAAGCCGGGCAAUGGAGCACAGCUCUCGGCCUUCUCUCGGAAUUCCUCAUCAAAGGAGGGCAGCCAGACGUAAUUGCAUUCAAUGCUACCAUCAGUGCAUGUGAGAAGGGAAGCCAGUGGCUCCACGCAGCAACGCUGCUGCAGCAAAUGCAUGACAUCUCAAUUCAAGGAGAUGUAGUAACCAUCAGUGCAGCAAUCAGUGCCUACGAGAAAGGCGGUCGUUGGCAGGACGCUCUAGCAUUGCUGACAUCUGUGCUGGAACACGAUGUCAAGCUGGAUGUAAUUGCCCAUGCUGCGGCCAUCAGUGCUUGUGAGCGGGGCUCAUGUUGGAAAGAGGCCCUGCAUUUGCUAGAAUCCAGUUGUGCGCAGAAGCAGCCAGUCAACGAUGUGGCAUUCGACAUGUCUCUCCGCGCUUGCCAGAAAGGCUCCCAAUGGAGCCACGCCGCAAGGCUCUUGCAGACCCUGCAGGAGGACUACCUCCGAUCUGCGGGCCUGGCCUUUGGCGACCCGUGGCACCUUCGACCGAAGACCAACAAGAAGCAAAAGGUGGAGGAUGCAGACCCAGACUUCGACUUUGUGUUGGACCAUGCACGCAUCGAGUUUGGCCGUGGACGACAUCCAGGUGCUACGCCCGCUCAUGGAGCUCACGUUACCUACAGGAACGGCCGAUGCACAGACUACGAAUCUUCGGGUGCCGCGGGUCCGGUGCUUCUGGCGCUCCUGGCUUUUCUGGCGCUGGGGCUUCUGGGCCGCGGCUUCGCAGCACCGGGAGCCGAUGCCGACUACGAGGCCGCCUUCAAGAAGAGGCUGAAGCAGGUCCGUGACGCGCCAGCUACGCCGGCGCCCAAGAAGGCGCAGAAGGCGAAGAAGUCCGAGCCCUUCCUGAAUGCAGCUUUCUUCGACGGGCGAGCUGUCGAACCAGAGUCCGGCAAGAAUUUCCUGACGAUGCCAGAGUGGAACGUCCUCCUCAAGCUGGUAGGCGUGUUGAUGGUUCUCACGACCGUUGUUUUCGCGUACAAGAUGCCGGUGGUCAACAUCUCAGGCCGCGAGGUUAUCCCUCGGCUCGGGACAGCCAGCGUCAUCACUGCUGCUGUAACCAUCGAGCGGAUGAUCUCCCAGUCCGUGCGCACAUCUUCCGGGCGCCUGCCAGCUGCAACCCUGAGCGACAGGUGGAGCAUCUUCCGCGGAACCAUCGGCAAGCAAGCGGCGCUGAACUUUCUGCAGUUCGGGAUAACACGAGAGAUGAGGCUUGCCUUGGAUCACGUGGUGCCGCCGAGCGUUUCCAUCAUGUUUGCCUGUGGUGCAGUCGGGGUUCCGUUUUCUUCGCUGCAGUACAACUGGACGAUCCAGGACACCUACAGGCACUUCAAGGUGGAGCCUCCAGUCGCUGCAGGCUUUCUGGGCUUCGUUCGGCAGAAUGUGGCCCCCGGAAUCUUUUGGGCCUUUCUGCGUGCUGGAUGCGGCACAGGUGGAAGCCUGUAUUGGGGACCCUCGGUCGCUGAUCAGAUGCAAAACCGAGCGAAGGCAUAUGGACUCCAACUUCCAGGUCCUCUCUGCAGCUUUCUGGCCGGUUUGGCCACUGGUGCCUCUGGCUCCUUGGCGACGCAGUGGAUCCACAACGUUUCGCUUGUGGCGGGCAGGAUGUCAGCGUUGGGCGAGACAACGCAGGCUCCACAUUACACGACUGCGGCGCUCUACAAGGCACGGCGCGAACUCGGAUUGAGCCUCGUCUAUGCUAAUUUCGGCUCACGGAUGGCAAUCAACGCUGUCUCCGUGGCGUUGCUGAACGCGUGCGACAUCUUCAUCGUGCAGCCGGCAUAG